UAACGUUGUAGAACUUACAAAUUCUGGCUGGGUCUUUGACAAAGCUUGGCGCCAUAUUGUGGGUUGAAGUUUUCUGGCGCGUGGAUAGUUACGUUUGUGGAAGAUGUCGGAAAAUCAGGAACAAAAACCUGACGCCGGGCCUGGAGACGGCAACUCAGAAUACAUAAAGUUGAAGGUUGUGGGAAACGAUUCCAAUGAAAUUCACUUCCGUGUGAAGAUGACAACACAAAUGGGGAAGCUGAAGAAAAGCUACAGUGAGAGAGUGGGGGUUCCUGUUACAUCACUAAGGUUUCUUUUUGAUGGUCGGAGGAUAAAUGAUGAUGAAACUCCUAAACAGUUGGAGAUGGAGAAUGAUGAUGUGAUUGAAGUGUACCAAGAACAGACAGGUGGAAUGUUUUGAACUGUGCUAUUCAACUUAAAUGUUGAAGCCUUUUUAUAAAGUAAAACAAGCAAUGGGGAAAUGGACACUGAAGGCUUUCUCCCAUUUGCACUCUUCCAUCAAUGAAGCAGCACAUUCCUUGUAGUGAAAUUUUUGUUUUUCAUCAGUUUAGCUUUACAAAAUUACUUAUUUUCUGUGGAGCAUGGCAGAAAACAAAUUAUGUAAGAAAAGCAUCUCUUGCACAGAGGUUUUGCCUCUGACAAUCCACAUAAUGUUCUGCUAAAUUUAGUGUACAUUGAGAAAUGACAAGGGAAGAACCUUAGUUUCAGAUUAAUUCACCUCAUGGUUUGAAGUGCUGCGUGUUAAGAAAUGUGAAUUGUGGACUUUUUAAAGCUUUGUAAAGAUGCUGCAGGAGACUUAAUAUGUAAUAUUUGAUAUCUUGUGUGUUCCGUUACUUAUACAUUAAGUUUUCUGUAUUUGAAGUAUGUAUUUAAUACUCUUGAUGUUUUAAUGUAAGGUGUCAACUUUCUCAACAAUUUUGUUUAUGAAGUGACUGGAAACUAUUCUCAAGAAGUGAUAAUAUGUAUGAUUGUAAAAGAACAUAGAAUCUUAAUCUAAAUAAUAAAACCGUUUAAAAUUUUU